UAAAGAUGUUAAUUUCGAGGAACUUGCGCGUUGCACUGAUGAUUUCAAUGGGGCGCAGUGCAAGGCUGUUUGUGUUGAAGCGGGUAUGAUUGCUCUACGACGUGAUGCUGUUGAAAUAAUGCAUGAGGAUUUCAUGGAUGCAAUCUUGGAAUUACGAGUAAUCGAAUGGCGGCAUUUGGAUAAAUAUAGCUUAUCAACGUACAUCUUUACCUCAUCAUGUAGCAUACGAUUCAUGAUAUAUCCGUUCAAUUUUGUAAAAUCUCGUCUACAACUGCAAAAACAAAAUACCGUAUACAGAGGGAUGCGGCAUGCAUUGUUACAUAUCGCUCGUAACGAAGGACUUCGAGGCCUUUACAAGGUGCUUCAGGGUUUCCCGAUGACAGUGCCGCAGAAUAUUGCUCCCUUGAUAUACUGUAAUGCAUACGAGAAAAUGCGAGAGUCGUUGAAAAUGCAUUUGAAUUUAUCCUCCGACAGAGUGGUCUCUGCCCUGGCCGGUGAGUUUUUCCUGUAUGACCGAAAAGUGAAUUCUGCUGCUUUACACUGAGC